UUUUUGGACCCUUGCGGUCGCAAGCUUAAAACGUGGUCCAGCUUAAUAAGCUGGAGAACCAGCAGCAUACCCGGGGUUCGUUUAGAUCUCUAUAAUAAGAGAAAGCAAGAAAGAAAGCUCCAACCGAGGGAGACAGGUUAUGGUAGUUAAAGGAUGGAUAAUAUAAAAUGCGGAGAGGAGGAUGAAUUAAUUAUCAGAAACAAGAAUACGAGUUAUAAUAUAUAUGUGCCUUGUCUUGUGCUUGGUCGCAGGGGGGGAUCCAUCGCAGACGGAGCGGGUGGGGGAGGAGUGCAGCAGGGACGAUAUCAUGGUGCACCAGGGGGCGACGGCGCCGCUGCCGAACGGGAUCCCGACGUACACGGUGGAGGUGCUGAACGUGUGCUCGGGGAAGAGUUGCAGCAUCGGACGCAUCCACCUCAGCUGCGGGUGGUUCAGCUCGGCCCGCCUCAUCAACCCCCGCGUGUUCCGCCGCCUCCGCUACAAUGACUGCCUUCUCAACGACGGCCGCGCCCUCCCCGCUGGCUCCUCCGUGUCCUUCCAGUACGCCAACUCAUUCCGCUUCCCCCUCGCUGUCUCCUCCGCCACCUGCCUCCACUCCUCUUACCCUCCACGGUCCCCUUAAUCUCUCUCUUUGUCGAUCUCUUUUGGUUGUCACAUGUAUGCUAAAUGGAAUCACGGGUGAGGUACUCAAGGGUGGGUAUAGCGUUUAUAAGUGUAGUUAAUGAGCUUGGAUUGAUGGGGACAAGGGUCACGUGUAUAUAUACAGGAAAUGUUUUGUUAACACGGGUGGGUUGCACUGAGAGAUUGGAUUGUCUUUUUGGUUUUUUUUACACUUGGUUGGGAUAACUCAUUUUUCUUGCUUAUACCAGAGCGAUCAGCACAGUUGAAUUGCUUGUUAUGAUGAGUUGCUUUCUUAUUAUUA